CCAGUAGAAUUAGUGAGGAGUCUCUUUAACCACGUAAAAAGUGGACAAUCUUCGCGUAUCUUCUCCUCGCCUGGGGCGUGCUUUGUAUGCGUCCCGUUACGUCGACCUCUCAAGACUGGUUUUAGAAAUGUGCACCUCCACUCACCGCCACUCGCCGACAGGACUCGAUCCCAGUACCAGGCAAUCAUAAACAUGAAGCAUUUACUCUUCCUCGUGCUAACGGUGGUGGCGACCUGUUGUGCCCAGCAGCAGUACUACAACCGCUAUGACAACGUCAACGCUGACUCCAUCGUCCAGAACGAGCGAGUGCUGCUCGCCUACUACAAGUGUGUUAUGGACAAAGGACCUUGCACUAAGGAUGGAAGAAACUUCAAAAGAGUGCUCCCCGAGACGCUGUCCACUGCAUGCGCGCGCUGCUCACCCAAACAGAAGGUGAUCGUGCGCACGCUGCUCCUCGGCAUCAGGGCCAAGAGCGAGCCGCGUUUCAACGAUCUGCUGGAUAAGUACGACCCUGACCGCUCCAACCGGGACGACCUUUAUAAGUUCCUGGUCACUGGCAACUAAUAAAAGCAAUAAAAUCUGGUAAAGAACUUGUAACAUGGCAAAUUCUCUAGAAAAUUUUACCAGCAAAAACAAAAGACGAGUGAUAAAGGCAUACAUUUUAUCACCGGCCAGUACGCGCGGUGGCUACAUCUUGCAACAGGGCUAAGAUGGCGGGCUCUUUAUCGUUUGUCACCAUGUCUGUCACGUUCUAACAAGUAUGUAAGUGUGAAAGUGACGCAUGACAUAACAGGUGAUAAAACGCGACCAAGAUACCGCUGCAGGUUUGCCAUGUUAUAAACUGAUCAACUCUAAAGUAAAAAGGAACCGCUCUUAACAAAGAUCGAUUUGGCGCCAUUUGCACCAUCCCACUAAACCGGGGUUAACCGGCUAAACCAUUAACCCAGUGUGAAAUUGUACUGUUAACCAUAGUAACUCCAGUUUUAAACGGUUAACCCCGGGUUAGUGAAUGGUGCAAGUGGGCCUAAGGGGCGCUGUUCAAUAAUAGUCAGCUAUUACUGACAUUUUACUUGCCUCCAGUGAAAAUGUUAUACUGGAUAAACUGAACUCUGCACAUGUUGGUUCCAAUUUUGAAUCUUGCUGACAUCGUCAGUGGUGUCUUUUACGCGUAGGUAGUAUUUUCUAUGGUCUCAUUGUAUGCAAAAUUUUACGGAUAUCCGUCAUUCAAUGUGAAAGUGGAACAAACUUGUCUUCUUGUUUUUAUUCAAGCUGUUUUGGUGCUAUUAAUAUAACGGUAUUUUAUGUUUGAAUAUCCGUUAAUUCAUAGGAACGUAGGUUAUUUAAUAUUUUCCAAACCGAGUAACAGUAUUUGUAUUUAUUGUGUUUUGCUAUUAUUUUUGCGAAGGUUAAAGUAGGUACAUAUCAUGACAGAUUUUUAUUUAUACAAAGUAUAUUUAUUCUAACUAUACGGAAUUGGAACUGUUAUUAUAUGUUCUAAGCUCUUUUAGUAGUCUAACUCUGUUCUUGUGGAUAAGUUUUGCUAAACAAUCAAAUUAAAAAUAGUAUUCAUAAUAAUAAAAGCUACUGAGAGUAGGUAGUCUAAUAUCUUUACAAUUUUUUAUACUUUAAAUAUGUUGAAGCGUAUUAAGUUAAGGAAUUCAUACAUGGUAAACAAUUAAUUGUCAAGAAAAAUUAGGUUUACUAAAUUUUCAGUAAAUUUACUUGUUGUUGAACUUAUUUAUUGAACUAACAUCCUAAUAACUCUAGAACUAGUUUAAUGUUCCUUUGACUAGAUAUCAUUAUUAUAUUAUGUGUAGUUGUUAUUGUCAUCGACGAGUACUCAAUAAAACUUCAUUGAAAAUUGAAUUUAAAAUGUUUAAAAUGCUUAUGGAUUAUUUUAUAUGCAUUAUUUAAUGACUGUAUAGCUCAGAGUGUGCAUUUAAUAGUAAUUUAAGUCAUAAUUUAUUUAUGUUUUAGAAAUAAGAUUAUUGUAAGAUAAGAUUUUAUUAAAAAUAAAUGAUUUUAAAUUU